ACUCUUGGUGGUCAUUUUUGGUUGUCAUUUGUCAAUAUGGGCAAGAAGCGAGUGGACCGAGGCCCGCCGUCGCGCAAGGAUCGUGGGCGCGGCAAAGGCGCUGGAGCUGCCCCCGCGCGCGGAGAGGAGGAGAGUGAGACGAGCUUCCGACGUCGCGCGUUUCCCGUCACGCUGCGCAUGUGGGAUUUUCAGCAGUGUGACUCGAAGCGCUGCACGGGACGCAAGCUCUGCCGUCUGGGCUACAUUAAGAGCAUGAAACCCGGCGCGCAUUUCCGUGGACUCGUGCUGUCACCCGCGGGUGAGCACAUCGUCUCUCCUGCGGACAGGACCAUCGUGGAGGGCACGGGCAUCUCGGUGAUUGACUGCAGCUGGGCCAAGGUGCAGGAGCUGCCUUACAAGCAGCUACGCUCAGGCGUGCACCGCCUGCUGCCGUUCCUAGUGGCAGCGAACUCGGUGAACUAUGGACGGCCACACAAGCUCUCGUGUGCCGAAGCGAUUGCAGCCACGCUGUACAUUGUGGGACUUAAGCAGGAAGCCAUCCAGCUCAUGGACGAAUUCUCGUGGGGCGCUGAGUUCCUCAAGAUCAACGCGGACUGUCUGGAGGCCUACUCUGCUUGCAGUAACAGUGAAGAAGUGGUGGAGGCCCAGGACGCGUAUUUGGCUGCUUGCCAGACUGAACACGAGGAGCGCUUGCAACGGAUGAAUCUGCCUAGUCUGGAGAGUGAUGACGACGAUGAGGAGGAGGAAAUUGAAGAGGAGAUGGAGCUUGAUCGCUUUGGAAACAGCAUUCCGCGUCAAAAACCGACUGAGGUGAAGACUGAAGAGGAAGAAGCGGAGGAAGAGACUACUAGUGAGCCGACGAAGGAGCAGCAGCUCUACAAAAGCAAGACGUAUGGGUUUCAGACUGAAGGGCCUGAUUCCGACGAAGAAAUCGCCAACUUAACCAAGAACUUGCACAUGUCCGCGGAAUCGGUUAAGAAGACCCAAGAGCUGCGCGAAACGAUGAAACAUGCUCGUCUUGACGGAGAUAAGGAGACGUACGCGUACUCGUCAAUGGAGGACGUUCACCGGCAGCAGGUGGCGACUGUGUGCUUGGAGAGAACAGCGGUCGCUGUGUCUGGAGACGCCGUCCUACAGCUUCCCGAAUCCGUUUUUCACCAGUGGGCGAAAGAUUCCGAGAAGCAGCCGUCACAGGUCGACUAGAGAGGUCAGGACGUUCUUCUAGUAGGGCGCCCUCUAAUCUAAAGUCUACUGUGCUUUGCCACGCGGUUAUCAUUAUCACUUAUGGUUUUGCUCGAAUUACCGUGUAUAGUGGUACAUGUAGAGCACGAAGCUUGAUAAAAAUUGUAGGCAACACAAUACUAACGGACCUGCAUAUUCCCCA